AAUCGUAUAAGUGUAAGUCGCAAAAUUUGUGUCACGCUCACUUACUUCGAUAGUUAUACAUUUCUCGUAAAACUGUUAAGUAAAAAAACUAAAAUGGUAAAAUGUCUCAACGUUGUUUUGAUCACAAAAUAAUCUUAGUUUGAAUGAAGUUGAAUUUAGUGGAAGAAUAGAUACAAAUCCAAGAAAUGACUAAAAAGUCAAUAGACAUCGACGAAUUAUUACUAGAGGUGGGCGAAUUCGGAAAAUAUCAAAAAUGUAAUUUAUUUUUACUGGGACUAGCGUUACUAUUCACAGCUUCGUCUACCUUGGCAUUUGUAUUCACCACGGGAGAUAUGAAUUAUAGAUGUUUGAUUCCCGAAUGCGAUUCUGAGACAGAACAAACAACACCUAUUUACUUGCCAGAAUGGCUAAACCAGACGGUUCCGUUCCAAGGAAAUGUUCCAUCCAAAUGCUUACGGUACACAAAAUACAACUUGACCAAUCACAGAUGUGAAGGAUUUAACAAAUCAUUAAGUACAGAAUGUAACGAAUUCGUUUUUGUACCUAAUGGGGAAGAGACAAUAGUUUCUGCGUUCAACAUAUUUUGCAAAAACAACAAAUGGAAACUGACGAUCGUGGGAACGCUGAACAACAUUGGUCAGUUCAUCUCAUUACCAAUAUCUGGUUUCUUAUCAGACAAGUAUGGCAGGAAAAACAUAAUCAUCAUUGGCAAUGUAUUAGCGGCCACGUGCGGUAUCCUACGUGGACUGUCGGUAAACUACGCCAUGUUCUUGAUGCUGGAAUUUUUGGAUGCUUUAUUCUCCGGUGGAGUUUACAGCGCGACUUUCAUAAUGGGUCUCGGCUUAGUCGGUGGAAAACACAGGGUGUUCGCUAGUUCGGUUUUGAGCGGUUUCUACCCAGUCGGUGAGGCGCUGGUCGGACUACUGUUCUGGUACCUACGCGAAUGGAGAAAAUUCUUGAUAUUCAUGAAUUUGCCGGGAUUGGGUUUCGCGUUGGCGUACACAAUUAUUCCAGAGUCCGUCCGGUGGAUGAUUGCUGCGGGAAAAAUAGACGAAGCCAUACAUGAACUGAAAAACAUCGCCCGGAUAAACAAUAAAAAACUGUCCGACGAAACUUUGAAAAUGCUAGAAGCAUAUAAGAACGCAAACGACAAGGAGAUCGAAAAGAUAGAAGCCUCGCAGAGCUCAAUCAGUUGUCCUAAAUCGGUAGCAUUUAAACGGGCCAUGGGUUCUAGACGUAUACUACUACGCGUUUUCAACUGUUCGUAUUGCUGGAUGGUGAAUACGUUCGUAUAUUACGGAUUGUCGAUGAGUGCUGGUUCCAUAGUGGGUAAUCGGUAUGGAAACUUCAUUCUCUGCAGCCUCGUCGAAAUCCCAGCGUUGUUUUUGGUCAUCAAGAUUCUGAAUACAUACGGCCGGAGAGAGUCACAAUGCGUCACGCUCCUACUGUGCAGCGUACUAUGUUUUUUGCUUGCGGUCAUUCCAUCACAUGCGGUUGCCAUUAACGUGUCGUUGUACUUGAUUGGAAAAUUCGCUAUAACUGUUUCGUUUGUGAUAUUGUACAUGUACACUGCCGAAAUGUUUCCCACGGAAAUCCGACAUUCACUACUUGGUAUAUGUUCCAUGUUUGGUAGAUUUGGUUCGAUGUUGGCACCACAAAUACCCUUAUUAGCUAUUUAUUUCGGUGAAAGAGCACCGUUAAUCGUUUUCGGCGGAACUGCUUUCCUGUCCGGAGUAUUGGCGCUUUUGUUUCCCGAAACAUUUAACAAAAAAAUGCCAGAUACCGUUUUGGAAGCCGAAAACAUUGGGAAAACUUAAAAUGUAAUUUGAUUGCAACAAUAUACUUUUGUACCUACAUACCAUUGAGAA